AGGCAAAGAUGGACGGCAUCCUCCUUGAAAAACAUGGUCAUCAUGGAUACGGAGAUCCUCCAGAUCCCAGAAAACCAGCGCUGGAAUUCUACGUCGUAGGAGCUGAUAACUAUGGGUUGGACACAGUGCACUAUGAUCCGAGGCCCAUGGCUUGGGAUGCAAACGAUGACAUCGCUUACAACAGACCAAGAAGCAGCGCUCACACCCGCGAGAUGAUCGGGUUUCCUCUGACCAAACAUCAGCCCCUACAUGUAGACAGGGCUGCCGAGAAGAAGCGAAAGGAGAUUGAAUUGUACCGCAACCUGAACGGAGGCAUGGGUUUCUCAACGGCCACAUGGAUGCGGAGAGGGGUACGUGAGGAUAAGGAGAAUUACAUUCCCUUUCGAUCUGCUGGUGCAAAUUAUCCACCAAGGACAGCAAGAGGACAGAUACAAAAUCUUUAUCCCGGGAAAACAAGACCGCACAGUGCAGAUCUACGACGGACCAGACCUCUGUACACUGGGCAGGGGGAGAUCAAUCGAGGCCCGCUGAUUCACUUCGAAGGACCUGUAAACAGGAAUAUUCUGCCCGAAGAGCCUCCUUGGGAUGUUGUGCUACAUGCCUUAUGUAUCCGGUCUCUGAACUUGCGAGCAGCCUGAAUGGCCAGAGCCCAACGACACGCAUCGACCGGUGGUGGCGAGGUUGAAGAAUCCACCGCAAGUGGAUGGAAGGAAUGCCAAGGAGGCGAGCGAUUGAAGAGUCUUUUGACAUCGGU